UUGAUUGUAGGAUGGGUGUUGGUGGUUUAUGUGGAGGAGGAUGUUCUCAGUCACCCGAUACCUUUGGAGGAGAUUGAGGAUCCGUCGGGUCAGAGUGGUGUAGAGGCUGACCUGAGGGAGGAACAGGAGUGUUUAGCUCGUUACUAUGUUGGAGAUGAAAUGCACAGGGCAGUUAUAGUCAGAAGAUCAGAGAAUCAAGAAGAGCUGGUGGACUACUACAACCAUGUCAUGAAGCUGGAAAGGGAUAAAGAAACAACCCAUAGAAAUAAGAGUCUGAGGCAUUACACUAAGGUGAUAGCGGGGAGUGUGGUGGUGGGUGGCCUAGCCGUGGCGGCCGCACCGAUAGCUCUGUCUGCUGCAGGUUUCUCCAGUGGUGGUAUUGUGGCAGGUUCUCUGGCUGCUCGUCUGAUGUCCAUGGCAGCCAUUGCUAAUGGUGGUGGUGUGGCGGCGGCCAGCGCGGGAGGCUGGAUUGCAGCCCUACAGUCAGCGGGGGCUGCUGGGAUAUCUGCCACGACAAAUGCUCUGAUUGGUACAACAGCUGGAGGAUUGUUUGGACUGUUUAGCAGUAGAAAGAAAACCUCAACAGGUAACAAGGAGACAAAAGAGGACAACAGAGAGACAGACGACAUAAGGAGGAUGGCCAAUAGUGCAAGGACAUCAUCAGAAGAAUCAGAUAGAGAUAGACGUACAUCUGACAGUAGUACUGUAGGUUCUCCAGCACAGGCCGCUGUCCCUCAAUCAGGGGACCCCAGGGAUUGUGAGGACCAGGAGGAUUACCCCCAAAACUGACCAGAGUCCCUCACCAUCAGCCGUCAGUACAGUAGAGCUACCCCCCAAAACUGACCAGGAUCCCUCCAGAUCAGCUGUCAGUACAGUAGUGGAGGAACUGAGUUCUGAUUUUCAGUCUCUUACUUUUAAUGAAGGUAACUUUAAUCUACAGU